AUGUUCUCCACACUCAGGCGCCAUGUUACCAGCGCUGCCCGCCAUAGAACAUCCCCUGCUGCGCGGCGGUCGUCGACGUCGACAGCCUCUUCUUCCCCGUCACCGCUAUGGAGGAACUUCAGACUCUUGGCUGGGGCAAGCACUAUUGCGACGGUCUCCUACUACCUUGGCGCGCUCUACCCUCCAGAAUUCGCGCACCUGCUGUCGCCACGAACUGCGCCGCCCCCAAUCCGCCCUGACGACCCCGCAGCACUCGUGCACAUCGCGGAGCUCGAAGAGGAACUCAACCACCUCCCCCUGCUGGAGGCACACCGCGCGCGGCCGGACAAGGAUCAAUGGUACGAGGCGCGACCGUAUCUCAACCUACCGGAGGAGCGCCGCGUGAACAGCCUGACGGCUGGGACGCUGAAGGGCCCUGGGAAGCUCGCUGUCCCUCCGCUGGUCCGCUCUCGCCACGACGCGUCGGAGAACUGGAUAUUCAUCCAUGUCGGUCGGGCGCUGUGUGGACAUGAAGGUGUGAUACAUGGAGGACUGCUUGCGACACUGCUGGAUGAGAGCCUGGCACGCGUGGCAUUGCUGAACCUCCCGGAGAAAGUGGGCGUGACCGCCAACCUGAACAUCAACUACAAGGCGCCCACCCUCGCCCACCAAUUUAUUGUCAUCAAGGUAAGACUUGACGAGGCGCAGGGCCGCAAAGCGCGUGUAUCCGGAACGGUCGAGGACAUGGCGGGUAACGUCCUAGUGGAAGCAAGCGCGCUUUUCAUCCAACCCCGCUACGCGAAGCUGCUGAAUUCGACAGCGGUUCGGCAUAUGCUUGGAGAACCGUCACAGUCCAAGGAACCUCUCGCGCCUGGCACCGUUGCACCUGUGCCCGUGAAGCUUCCUGGGGGUGCACAGACCUUGGUGGACAGCAAGAACCCAUAG